GGUGUUUCCCUUCCUUUUCUUAAUUAUUCCCAGCCAAACGGCCCCUAGAUAUAAAUGAGUUUACACAAACCCAAUUACCCAAAUAGGAAGCCCGUAUCCGGGUAUGCAUACGAUUGCAAAAGUAGAUAAAUAGGAUUGAAAUAAAUUUUAUAUAUUUGAUCUCUGAUCAAUCUCGAAACCCCUGUUCCCUAAAUCUGGAAAUGGAUCCACCAACUUCUUGGGACUCCUUGAGGAAACAGGCAAGGAGGCUUGAAGCUCAGUUGGAUGAUCAAAUGCAUUUAUAUCGUAAGUUAGUAUCAAAAAAUGUGGGCAAUGGUAAUGAGAAUGACCUGGAAGCGGAAAUAGAUCAACUGCUCAAACAACUUCAAUUAGUAAAUUCACAGAUGCAAGCGUGGGUGUCGUCCGGAGGAUCAGAAAUCUUUUCCCAUACAUUGACACGUCAUCAGGAAAUUCUUCAUGACCUGAAUCAGGAGUUUAUGCGACUUCGUUCUAGCCUUAGAGCCAAUAAAGAACAUGCUUCACUGCUUGAGGACUUCAGGGAGUUCGACCGUGCAAGAUUAGAUCUGGAAGAAGGUGGAUCUUAUGAGCAGGCAUCUCUACUCAAGGAGCGAGCAGCUAUCAGCAGAGGUACAGGACAGAUGGACUCGGUAAUUUCUCAAGCACAAGAGACUCUUGGUACACUUGUGUUUCAACGUUCAACAUUUGGAGGCAUCAACUCAAAGCUUAGUAAUGUUAGCAGUCGUCUUCCAACGGUGAACAGUAUUCUCUCUGCAAUAAAGAAGAAAAAGUCCAUGGAUACUAUUAUCCUUUCGUUGGUUGCAUCCAUCUGCACGUUUCUCAUUUUAAUUUAUUGGUUGACCAAAUAGAAAGUACAUGUAAUUUCUGAUGGGAGCCCCUCCUGCUGUACUGUUUGUAAACAUCCUUUUUUGGUUUUUUGUUAAGUUGUGCUAUUCUUUCUAUUCGCCAUUACAUUAGAUGGCAUUGUAUACACCCUGUUGGUUUGUUGCACUAGUUACCAUGCCUUGUAUAAAAAAACAACCCAGAAAUCAAGAUUACAGAUUAUAUUAGUUA